UGUUAAUGUAUCUACCUAACUCACAGAGCUUCUGCAACUUGAAAGCAAUGGAAAAUCAUAUUGUUUUUUCUUUCAUUUUUUUUGGAAUUCAGUUGUCCCUCUCCUUCUUCAAACCCUCACUUGCAGCUGAUGCCAUUACUCAAAAAUCCCAACCCCUCAUAGAUGGCAGCACCUUGAUUUCCAAAGACGGCAGCUUUCAAAUGGGGUUUUUCGGUCCCCCAGGUUUUGGCUUUUCCCAGAAGCGCUUCUUGGGAAUUUGGCACAACAGUUCGGUCCCAUCAGUCCCAAAUGUUAUUUGGGUUGCAAACCAGCACAACCCCAUCAAUGGUUCAUCUGGUUUUUUGAUGAUAAACACCUCAGACAGUGUUGUCCUUCUAAGUCAGGACAACACUGUUGCCUGGUCGAUAUCUUUAUCCAAAUAUCCCCGGAAUCCGGUCUUGCAGCUCUUGGAUUCCGGCAAUCUUGUCCUGAGAGAAGCAAAAGAUGGAAACCCAAGAAACUACAUGUGGCAAAGUUUUGACUAUCAGCCUGAUAGGAGUCUAUUGACAUCAACUUCGAGAGAUUACUGCGACGAUAACCGACGUUGCGGCUCCAAUGGACUAUGUUUUAUCACUAAAUCCCCAGUUUGCAGUUGCUUCCAAGGAUACGAGCCGAGAGCACCAGAUAAAUGGAGCUAUGGAGACUUCCAAGAAGGUUGCGUGCGGGCUCAACCCUUGAGCUGCCUAAAGAAACAUGGGUUUGUGAAAUAUAGUGGGGUGAAAUUGCCAGAUAACACAAAUUCCCUGACCAACCAAAGUUCGGGUCGCGCGGAAUGCGGGGACAAUUGCUUGAGCAAUUGUUCUUGUGUGGCUUACGCAGUUAGCUCCAAUGCCGCAGGAGGAGGAAGUGGCUGCACCACCUGGUUUGGUGACCUUCUCAACAGCAAAGAGCUUUUGGAUGGCGGGGAGGAUCUGUACAUCCGAACUGCUUCGGAAUCAAAAUCGAAUUCGCCGAAGACAAAGUUAGCAGUGAUACUUGUGUCAGUUGCUGUCGUUGUUGCCGGGACACUCUUGGCUGUUUAUUUCAUUCACAGAAAGAGAAGAAAGUUCAAAGAUAGAAUGAGGAACAACAACGAAGGACAAGACAACCUGGAGCUACCGCUAUUCAGUCUCUCCACACUAGUCACCGCCACUGAUAACUUUGCAUUCAACAGGAAGCUUGGAGAAGGUGGGUUUGGAUCUGUGUACAAGGGUAGACUAGAAGAUGGGCAAGAAAUUGCUGUGAAGAGGCUCUCAGAAGUAUCGGGGCAAGGAUCGAAUGAGUUCAAAAAUGAGGUAUCACUGAUCGCUAAACUUCAGCACCGGAAUCUUGUAAGGCUUCUCGGUUGUUGCGUUGAAGGAGAAGAGAGAUUGUUGAUUUAUGAAUACUUGCCUAACAAAAGCUUGGACCUCUACAUUUUCGAUGAGACUCAAAGUAAACUGUUGGAAUGGCCGCAACGCUUUCGCAUUAUCUGUGGGAUCGGCAGGGGUCUUCUCUAUCUGCACCAAGAUUCCAGAUUGAGGAUUAUUCAUAGAGAUCUUAAAGCAAGUAAUGUUUUACUUGAUAUGGAGAUGAACCCAAAAAUCUCAGACUUCGGCUUGGCUAGAAUGUUCGGAGGAGACCAGACUGAAGGCGUGACAAGAAAAGUGGUCGGAACCUAUGGUUACAUGGCACCAGAAUACGCAAUUGAUGGUCAAUUCUCUGUAAAAUCAGACGUGUUCAGCUUUGGAAUUUUGUUGAUGGAGCUAGUCAGCGGGAAGAGAAGUAGAGGGUUUUAUGAUCCGGACGACAACCUCAACCUCAUUGGAUAUGCAUGGAGGCUGUGGAAAACCGGGAGAUAUCUAGAGUUGAUCGACGAAUCCUUAAGGGACUCACUCACUCUGUCGGAAGUCGUGCGUUGCAUACAUGUUGGUCUUUUAUGCGUGCAGCAGCUUCCUGAGGACAGACCAACCAUGUCAUCUGUGAUUCUGAUGUUGGGCAACGACUCCCGCUUGCCGGAACCCAAACAACCAGGCUUCUUUGGUGGAAAAAAUUUACCUGAAGCAUAUUCAUCUUCGAGUAAGACCGAAUCAUCUGCUACCUACGACUCAACCGUAACAGUCCCGGAGGCUCGAUAAGAAUCAACUAAUCGCACAUCUUGUGCCGUGUAAUUUAUUCAAGGUAUUGUUCAUAACAUUGUAAGAUUGAAAUGGUUUCUGAAUGCAGCUUCGGAAACUUGUAAAUAAUUUAUCUUUUUAGUUCUCUUCUAA